AUGAUCGAAAUGUGGAGGUAUCUCAGAAAGCCUCAACUCACGGUGUAUUGCAAUCUGUUUGUCUUCCGACUACUCGGCCUAGCACCGUUUUCCGUCCGAACAUCCUGUCUAUUAGGAAUAAAUCUACGAAGUAAUGACAAAAAAAUCUUCUCUGUUUCGAAAUUCGGCUACAUCUACAAUGCCAUUCUCACCGUCAGCAUGACCUGGCUGAUAAUCAAUUCAAAGAUUUACGUAUUUCCCGCCACCAUCCGAGUGGAAGAACUACUCCCGAAAUUGGUCGGAAAGAGCCUCAUGGUUUUUGGAUAUGCAAUGGCAGUGAUAAUAUGGAUUGCGUACAUACUGCGGCAGUCGAGCAUGGUCACGAUAGCGAAUGGGAUCUACGACUCGUUCAGAGUUAUGGAAAGCUGCAGAGACAUUCACGUGAAGCACGGAAAUUGUCUCAUGUUCAAGUGGCUGGUGUUCUUGAUGAGUAGCGUUUACAUCUGUGUUGUUGAACACAUCGAGUAUAGUUAUACAUCAAUAAUUGUCAUAUACAUCAAGUUGUCUGGUUUGGUACUCGGCUGGAUGAUGCUCCAAUACUCCUUCAUUUUGGAUGUCUUCAGAGACAGAUUUGCAGACUUGAACGAAGGAUUGUUGCGAAUUGGGAGAGUAUCUGAGGAGUUCGAAGUGCCGUCAUUUUUUCACAGGAAAAUAUUGAUCAACAGCACGGUUCUUGCGGACAUUGCUACUCUUCGACGAGUGCACGGAGAAUUAUGUCAUCUUUGUUACCAAGUUGGAGACAACUACGCACUACUAGUUCUGCUUGUCAUCAUCGUGUUCAGUGCCGGGAGUGUUUACAAUAUAUAUUUUCUUCUGAUACCCGCAAUCUCAAAUUAUCCACCUCUGUUACCCCUCAUCACUGGCAUCGGAUGGAUAGUCAUCCAGUUAUCAGCCGUAAUUUAUCUGACUACAAGUGCAACUCGAGUGACUCAAGCUGUCAGACGGACAGCUCAUGUGAUACAUGCACUUUUGGACAUGUGUUCACUGCAUCCGGACGUCACGAGGGAGCUGAAAAUAUUUUCUAGGGAAAUUCUUGCGAAAAAAUUCCACCUGAAUAUCUACGACAUAUUCAUCUUGGACAACUCGUUGUUAAGUUCGAUUGCAGGAGUGAAGAUCACGUAUCUCAUUAUUCUGAUACAGUUUCUAAUCAAUUAAAUGGAGUAUCCACUUUAUACA